UACUUCAUGUAUAUAUGUAACUGUAACAGACCUGAACUGACUUCGUGUUACAUGCAUGAUGGAUGGGAUUGCAGGAAAUAUACGAAAUCUUCUGUUCCGCAGUGGCAAUCGAGAUGCUUUGUCCAGGUGUAAAGAGGGAGACCUGCUGCAGUUUCACAGGGCAGGUUACUCUGACUGGGGUGUGUAUGCAGGCCACGGCAGAGUCAUCCAUUGUACAAAGGACGACGAUAGCGAGGUUAAAGUAGAGGUUCGGGAAGACGAUUUCUGGGACGUUGAGGAAAACGACCGAGUCACGAUCAACAACGGCUUCGACAAGAACAAAGACGCGCUGCCAGGAUGGCAGGUCGUGGAGAGAGCUCGGUCUAAGCUGGGACUGACCGGCUUUAAAAACUCCGAGCAUUUCGUGCACUGGUGUCGGUACAACUGGGGAUUCAGCGGACAGACCGAGUUCCUCUCUCAGAAAAAAAAUUUCCUGUUUCGCGAGCGCAAUCAAGAUGUUUUGUCGAGGUGUAAAGAGGGAGACCUGCUGCAGUUUCACAGGGCAGGUUACUCUGACUGGGGUGUGUAUGCAGGCCACGGCAGAGUCAUCCAUUGUACAAAGGACGACGAUAGCGAGGUUAAAGUAGAGGUUCGGGAAGACGAUUUCUGGGACGUUGAGGAAAACGACCGAGUCACGAUCAACAACGGCUUCGACAAGAACAAAGACGCGCUGCCAGGAUGGCAGGUCGUGGAGAGAGCUCGGUCUAAGCUGGGACUGACCGGCGACAACGUGCCCUUUAAAAACUCCGAGCAUUUCGUGCACUGGUGUCGGUACAACUGGGGAUUCAGCGGACAGACCAAGUUCCUCUCUCAGAAAAAAAAUUUCCUGUUUCGCGAGCGCAAUCAAGAUGUUUUGUCGAGCUGUAAAGAGGGAGACCUGCUAGAGUUUCACAGGCUAGGUUACGCUCAUUGGGCGGUGUAUGUCGGCAACGGCAGAGUCAUCCACCGUACAGAGGACAAAGGCGGCAAAGCAGGAGUCAUGGUUCGGGAAGACGAUUUCUGGGACGUUGAGGAAAACGACCGAGUCACGAUCAACAACGGCAUGGACAAGAUUACGGAUCCGCUGCCAGGUGGGAAGGUCGUGAAGAGAGCUCGGUCUAAGCUGGGAGAGACCGGCUACAACAUGAUGUUUAAAAACUGCGAGCACUUCGUGCGCUGGUGUCGGUACGGCGUGAAAUUCAGCGGACAGGCAAUGGCAGCUGGGUCCGUCAUUGGUGGUCUCAUUGCGUUUGGCGCGGUGAUGGCUAACCCGGUUCUCGCCGGUGCCGGUGCCUUUAUUGGUGCCAUGAUGGCUGGGAUGAACAAGGGCUCAAAGAAGUUUCUGCAUUAA